AUGGCGUCAUCUGUUGGCCUGUCGUUCGAUCCCAUCGCCUUUUUUGCCACUGAGCUUGCCGUUCUGAACUUGGAUGUGCGCGUUGCUGCCAUGCAGAACGUCGUUAUACUCGCCCGUGCUAUCGGACCAGAAGAUACGCUAAAGCGCCUCUUACCCUUUCUGACAAACAUUAUUCCGGAAACCUCUGAAGAGGUGCUCGUUGCGUUGGCUAAGCGAAUUGCAGAAGUGGUACGCCUGUCAUCGGCGACGCAGACUCUCGAUCCUACCGCAGUUCAGCUCUUCAUCAACUGCUUUACAGAGCUUUCGGCGUUUACAGCUCCUCAUAUUCACAAUGCACUGAGCAUAUCCAUCGAGCACUUCUUGAGUUACUACACGGGGGAUAUGGCUCCAAUUAUCACACACAUUCUAUCAACUCUGGCAAUUUCCCAGUACUCGCCACAGAGAGAGUUCUCGGUUAUGUCGAUCCCCUACCUCUAUCAGUACAUUAAGAAGUCCAAUAUGGCUAACGCGGGCCAAGUCUUGAAUCAUGUCCUGACCAUCUUCUCUGACAGGGUGCAGGAUGCUGAUUCCGUAGUUCGUCGGGUUGGUGCCCACUCCCUCAGGAAGUUUAUCGAACUGACAAUUGAGCAGAAGGAGAGUGAUGAGCAUAUACAAAAGCUGUCAUUUUUGUUCAGAUGCUAUGAGCGUCUCGCCCUCGACGCCAUUGACCAUGUGCGUGCAGUCAAUGUCAUCAAUGGACUUCUCCUCCUCAAGCUGGCGGUCCUAAUUAAGGGGCAGUCCUCAACAAACCAGUCUCUUCAAAAGGAGGCCCGAGACCUCAAGGAAGUGUUGCCCGCUUUGAUAAAGACGGUGUCCCGUGCCACCACCGAUCGUCACUGGCUGGUACGUAAAAAUACGGCAGAAAUCAUGCCGCUCUUUUUUGCACAGAUGCAUAAAAAGCUGGAUACUUCCGACUGCGCAGUCAUGUAUCGUCUAUUAUCCGAAGACAAUGAGCCAGAGAUCCGGGCUCUCACCCUGAGUCUCGCUCCUAGCGUAAUACCUUAUUUGGAUGCGUCUUCUCUCCAGAAAUCUAUGCUGCCAGCCCUAGCCCAGCGCAUUACAGACUCAGACACAGCGACAAGGUGCAGCCUUGCAGAUCACUGUAUCUACCCGGUAACAAAAGCAAUCCAGGAGAAAGGUCUCCAGCCAGAGGAGCUCAAAAAUCUGAUGGCGACAAUAUGCGACAUGGCGCUCAAGCUAUCAAUGGAUGCUAACAUCGAUGUGCACUCUCAUGCGCUAGUUGCUUUGACAGACGCGUAUCUAGACUCAACUGUCGACUAUCGUCUCCAGGAGGUUGCUGCUAAAAUCAUACACAAUCAUUGCAAAAUGACCAACACGGAAAUUCAGUGGAGAACACGGCUCACAUUGAUAGAAUCUGUUGAGCGACUGGUACAGGUAAAGCAUCCCAACAUCUACAAUCAUAUUCUAACUAAUUUCCCGAUCUGGCUCCAGGACACGUCUGACUUGGUCCGCGACCGCACUGCCACGCUUUUGUCGUUGAUGUUUUUGGCCUACGGAUUGAACAAGUUCACCAGUGAUAUCCUGCCACGCUUCCAACAAUAUAUAAACUCCAAUAUGGCCUCUUGGCAGGACUGCUGUCUAAUUGCUAAGUGCUUGGUGAGGAUUUUGGGGGCCUAUAUUGUAGAAUCUUUAGACUCCGAUCCAUCUACACAGACAAUCAUGGGUUAUCUGAAAAAUUCAAAGAUGUGCACAGCAAAGCACACCAUUUGCAAGGAGGUAUUCAAUCUGACACGAAUCCUUGCAAAGGCGAAUCAGUCCUUUUCGCAGAGAACGGGCGAAUUUCUUUCCAGUCUUCUUCAUACACUUGCAGGUGAUGGAGACACCGAGGACAGUCGCCUAGCACGCGAAGUCGGAAACACCGUUCAAAACAUGACACUUAGAUAA